GUCCAGCAAAUGGCGGACAAGAACCAUCCCAACAUCGUGCGGCUGCUUGGGUUUGCUGUGGGGGGAGACAUGAGGACGCGGCCAGAGCAGGUCCUCAUCUAUGAGUUUGUGCCCAACGGUGACCUCGAGAGGUGGCUGGACCCUACAAAGGCACCCUUCACUUUGACCCUGCUGCAGCGGCUGGGCAUCUUGAUUGGGACAGCGCGGGGAUUGGAGUAUCUCCACAGCUUUGGCUUCGUACAUCGCGACAUCAAACCCGCCAACAUCCUCAUCAGCGCUGACAUGCAGGCCAAGGUUGCAGAUUUUGGAUUGGUGAGGGUGGGAGAGGGCACGACAGUGGGUUCUACGCGAGUGAUGGGAACACCGGGCUAUGUGGACCCUGUUUACUCCAGGACAAAUAAGGCAACCACGGCCACUGAUGUUUACAGCUUUGGAGUGCUCAUCCUGGUGGUGCUCACUGGUCGUACUCACAUUGCCGAGACUGCGGAGGGGAGCAUGCACGUCCUACCUUGGGUGGAGGAGUGCCUGUCAAAAGGGGACCUGGCGAGUCUGAAGAGCCCCAGCAUGGACGCUCCAGAGGAGGUGUUGCUGCGCCUCACUCAGCUGGCAAUCAGCUGCACGGUGGCACGCACGGCAAACCGGCCGACAAUGGGAGAUGUUGCCAACGAGCUGCAGGCGGCCAGGAACGAAGUGGGGGGGAAGGAGGAGGUGCGUGCGGCGGUUAAAGUGGAUGCGGAGGAUGAGGCGAGGAUGGGUGCAAACAAGAUACACCUAGGCCUGGAUGAAGAAUUAGACCUCAUUCACGCUGUUGCGUAA